AUGUCUUCUCUGGAAGAUGCAAAAACUCUGAAGAAGGAACUUGAUCCUCAUGCAAAGCCUCCUGAGUCUAUGAAAAGACUCUUCAAAUUUUGGCGAAAGGCUUCAGAUCUUGACCUUGAGCAUAGCUCUAAACAUCUAGUAUCUGACGUCUUUCUGGGGAACGCUCAGGUAGAUCUGUCAGCUACACGUGUCAAAACGGUUGACAAUGUACCCGUGAACUAUGAACAGAUAAUGCAGAGGUUCUGCGCAUCUAUUCCCGUGGACUUGUAUUCACACCAUGCUAGCGUUCAGCAACUUCCAAAGGCUGCUUUUGAGGUUUCUUGUAUGCCUGGCCUCUACUUAUUCCCAUCACUUCUUCCACCACCUGUUCAAAUCGCCUUGUUGGAAAAGCUUCUUCAUCGUGAUCUAUCGAAUCCUGCUCAUAAGACCAACUUUGACCUUCAUCAUAUCAUUCCAAGCGGGUAUCGAGACCCUCCCGUCUCGUUCUUCAGUCAGGCGCAAGAUUCUGUGCUCUUUCCUAAAGAUCCCAUGAUUCACAAGCCCCUGACAUUGAGACAAAUGCUCGACAGUAAGUUACGUUGGGUCACUCUGGGAGGGCAAUACGACUGGACGCAUAAAGUCUACCCUUCUGAAACCCCGCCGGCAUUCCCUGUGGACAUAGCGUCUCUGAUGAAUGGGUUAUUUCCUGAUGUCAGUCCAGAAGCUGCAAUAGUCAACUUCUAUAGUCCUGGAGACACACUCAGUGUACAUCGCGAUGUAAGUGAGGACUGCACAAACAGUCUGAUAAGUGUAAGCAUCGGCUGCGAUGCGUUAUUUAUCGCAGGAAACGAUGAUGGAAGUCAUACAUGCACUAUCAGGUUGAAGUCUGGAGAUGUACUCCUUAUGUCAGAUCGAGUACCAGUAUCACAAGUGCACGGCAGGAAAAUGGCAACGGACUGGCAGUCUCGAGCAAAGGCGAAACGCGAAGCCAUACUGGCUUCCAUCCAAGAGAAGUGGCUUCUGAAAUCAAUCCCUUCAGUAGAGGAGCAAAAGGAUGUCACAGGCGCAUACAUCCAACAAUUCCUGAGCUCAGAAGAAGUUGAGAUCACCGAAACAGACUCGUUUGGCAUUGCUGAGAAGGUGGCCGCCGGAGCAUGGACUGCUGUUGCCGUCACCGAAGCGUUUUGUCAUCGAGCCUCAUUAGCCCAUCAGAUACUCAACUGUCUCCAUGAGACCUUCUUCGAUGCAGCACUAGCAUCGGCGAAGAAACUUGACGAGUACUUCGCCGAGCACAAGAAAACAAUCGGUCCGCUACAUGGAGUACCUGUAUCGCUCAAAGAUCAGUUCCAUGUUGAGAACGUUGAGACUACCAUGGGAUAUGUUGGUUGGAUUGGCACCUUUGAAGGUGUUGCGGACGACCCACGCAAAGGCAAGUUUGAGAGCGAAAUGGUCAGAGAAUUAAGGGCAUUGGGUGCGGUACUCUACUGUAAGACCAGUGUUCCGCAUACCUUGAUGAGUGGUGAGACAGUCAACAACAUCAUUGGGUAUACGUGGAACCCCAAGAAUCGACACUUGACAUCUGGAGGAAGUUCUGGUGGAGAAGGGGCGCUGAUCGGAUUGAGAGGGUCUCCAGGAGGAUUCGGUACCGACAUUGGCGGGUCAAUUCGCAUUCCUGCAGCGUUCAAUGGCCUGUACGGCAUCCGCCCAACAUCUGGAAGAUUGCCAUAUGAAGGUAUGGCGAAUAGCAUGGAUGGCCAGAACAGCAUCCUCUCCGUUGUUGGUCCUCUCGCCACGACGGCUCGCUCAGUCAAACUCCUAACAAAGGCGGUUCUUUCACAAGAGCCCUGGCUACACGACCCGCUCGUCGUCGACCUCCCAUGGCGAGACAGCCAAGAGCAAGCAAUCUUAGACAUUGUCAAGUCCACCGGAUCCUCUUCUACCGGCCAGUUGAGCUUCGGCGUGAUGAAGUCCGACGGCAUUGUCACGCCGCAACCACCCGUGUCGCGCGCCAUCGAAAUGGUGGCCUCCUUGCUCUCGAAAGCCGGCCACAAGAUCAUCGAGUGGAAGCCUCCAUCCCACGAACGCCUUCUGGCUAUCUCCUUCAAAACCUGGAUGUACGACGGCGGCAAAGACGUGCACUCGGCCUUCGGGCUAUCCGGGGAAGAUGUGGCCGUACAAAUCAGCGGCGUCUACGGGCCCAACGCACGGGAAGAGUUCACGGCGUCCGCCAUCGCCGCCAACAACGUCGCGAAGCGGAAAUUCCAAAAGGAAUACCUUGACUACUGGAACAGCACGGCCCAAGUGACCGGAACCGACCGCCCCGUUGACGGCAUCAUCGGUGCCCUCGCGCCUUAUCCAGCGGCCCGCCGGGAGAAAUAUAAUUACUACGGCUAUAGCGUGUGGGUCAACGGCCUGGAUUACACCAGUGUUGUAGUGCCCGUGACAACGGCGGACAAGACCAAAGACGUGUAUGCUGAGAACUUCAAGCCACUAAACGAGCAGGACAAGAAGGUCUUCGACGACUAUGAUGCCGAGUUGUACGAUGGUGCACAUGUGAGUCUGCAGAUUGUAGGGAGACGGUAUACUGAGGAGAAGAUGCUGGCGAUUGCGGAAUACGUGGGUCAAUUGGUGGGGAAAUAG